AUGCAGAGUAGGCUAGACCGGGCUAUCACCUCCAUCACCUGGUCAGACAUCUUUCUAGCUGCACAAGUUUUACACUUGCCUCCAGUCCAUGGUGAUCACAUCCCAAUCUUGUUGGGAGUGUUUUGUGGCAGUUCAUUGAUGGUGGAGAGGCGGAGACACUAUUUUAAAUUUGAGAGUUUCUGGACCUUUCACGAGGGUUACCAGAAUGUGGUAAAGGUAGGUUGGGAGCCUAUGGUUAAUGGCUUGCCUAUGCAGCAGGUUACAAGAAAAAUCACCAGGUUUUCUUUGAAUCAUUGGCAGCGUGAGUUCUUUGGUAUGAGAAGUCGUGAGAUUGGAUUGUUGCGUGAUCGGCUCCAGACUUUGUUUUCUUUGCCUUUGUCUUCUGCAAAUCAGGAGGACUGUUCUGUUCUUAAUGCAAAGUUGGAAGAUUUAUUGGCAAAAGAAGAUGCAUAUUGGAAGCAACAAUCCAAACCUAAGGUGACUGAUGAUAUGAAUUUGGAUUUGUGUGCUCCUUAUUCUGCUUUGGAAAUAAGGGCUGCUUUGUUUCAAAUGUAUCCAACGAAAGCUCCUGAGCCUGAUGGUAUGCCACAUUUGUUCUUUCAGAAGUAUUGGGAGCUUCUGCGACUUAAGGUGAUUGAUGAUAUGAAUUUGGAUUUGUGUGCUCCUUAUUCUGCUUUGGAAACUAGGGCUGCUUUGUUUCAGAUGUAUCCAACGAAAGCUCCUAGGGCUGCUUUGUUUCAGAUGUAUCCAACGAAAGCUCCUAGGCCUGAUGAUAAUUCUCUUGUGGCAAAUGAGGUGUCACAUUUCAUUCAUAAAUGUUAUUCCAGCACUGAGGGAGUCUUCUCUUUAAAGCUUGAUAUGAGCAAUGCCUAUGACCGUAUGGAGUGGAGCUUUCUAGAGGAUGUUCUCUUGAGAUUGGGUUUUGCCGAGUCAUGGGUGGGUGUGAUUAUGAAGUGUGUAACCAUUGUGAGGUAUACUUUUUUGAUUAAUGGCCAACCGAAGGGUUAUUUGACUCCUACUAGGGGACUCAGACAAGGUGAUCCACAUUCACCUUACAUGUUUCCUUUUUGUACAGAAGUAUUUUCAGCCUUGCUUGAGCACAAAGUUGUAAAUGGUGAGCUGCAAGGUAUUGAAAUCUAUGAGGGUACUCCUACUAUUCAUCACUUAUUGUUUGCAAAUGACAGUUUGUUGUUUGGGAAAGCUACUUUGAAUGAGUGUCACCAUAUCCAGUCAGUUCUACAUGAUUAUGAGUUGGCAUAUGGUCAACACAUUAACCUUUCUAAGAGCAGUAUUAUUUUUAGUAAGAGAGUUUCUGAGGAUGCAAAGUGUGUUAUUGCAUGUUUCUUAGGUGUUUCUAUUGAAGCCAAGCAUGAGAAGUAUUUGGGCUUGCCUACUUAUCUAGGAAGGAACCGGACUGAGCCUUUUGCCUAUAGUAAGGAAAGUUUGAGUAAAAAGUUAGCUGGUUGGCAAGGAAAUUGCUGA